AGAUGCCCGUAUAACCAUACUUCCUUUAUCACUGACUGUAAUGGACGAUGAAGGAGGAUGGGAUGAAACUAAAUAUCUGGACAGUGAUGAAAUCGACAGUGAGGUAGAGAGUGAGUUACUUAGUCAUCUACAUCAUUCUAAAGAUCUAGAUACGACAGUUGGCAAGCUUGAUGAAUUAUUUGGCACGCCAGUUUCCAUCUGCAGUUAUAAUAGAAAAAUUCCAGCAACUCUACAGUCAGAUCAUGCACGGUUAGUUGAUAUCAACAGUGACACGGAUAAUCACGAGCAAAACACGAAGGACUCUGCAACAGAUGAAUGGAAAGUUGAUGCUGCUGAUACAGCAGCAUUUGUUACACCAACUCGCAAGCGCUACUAUGCUCCUAACAGUGGAGUACGUUGUCACAAUUGUAAUGAGUAUGGUCAUGUAAUGUCAAGCUGCUCGGCAAAGAAAAAAGUUUUCGUCUGCUAUUUGUGUUGCACAGGUGGUCACAUGGCUGCCAGUUGUCCAGACCGAUUGUGUUUCAGAUGUCAAUUGCCAGGCCAUAUAGCUGCUGACUGCACAAACAAAUCAGCCAGUUUUCGUGACAGUUGUCAUCGCUGCUCUCUACAUGGUCAUUUUCAACAGGACUGUCCUGAUCGGUGGAGACAAUACCACAAUACAACGGGUUUGUCAAAGACUUUAGCACAAGUAACACCUGACUGUCGUCCUCGCUAUUGUUACAACUGUGCGAAGAAGGGCCAUGGAGGCUAUGAGUGCCCAAAACCAAGAAUGCCAUACGCUUAUCCUCCAACCAUGCCAGUGGUAGCAAGAUAUGACAAACUUUAUAAGUUGCAUUUGCAUAAGCACAACAAACUAGAAGUAGAAGACCGGAUUGCAACAAAGUCAAAGAAUGUGAGGGAUGACUCCUCUAAAGUUCAGGUGAAUAGACUUGAAAGAAGGAAGAAUGAAACAACACGUAAGCACAAAAAGUCUACAAGGGAAAGGGAAGGGGAAACAAGGAGAGAAAGAGAAAUGAAAGGAGAAAAGGAAAGAGAAAGGAAAAGAGAAAGAAUUCGACAGUCUCCUAAUAAUUUUGAGGAAGUAUCAGCAACAUCCAUGGACUGGAGCUCAACUCCGGAAAGACCAAAACUCAAAAGACAUGACAUUGUGAGUAUUGGUUCUUCGGGCAAGAAAAAAAUUGGGAAAAGAAGACGACAUUUGGACAAUGGCACUUAUGCAACAGUGAAUGGAAGAACUGAAGGCAAGGAUUUCACAUACAGAUCAAUGCCAAUACGUCAAGUAUGGGUGGCACCGCAAGCAGGGAAACGUGAAAGGAAAAGGAACAAGAAGCAAACAAUGAAACAACUGAAACAUGGAGUUCGAAUUGUACAGUUGAAAUAAAGUGAGUGAAAGUGUAUGGCUACUGAAAUUAUUCCUAAUUUUGGUGAUACCGAGUGGUUGGAAUUCACUUUGUAAGUGAAUUGAAUUGCCCCUUUGCUGUAGCUUUGUCAGCAUUGAGAAAUAUAUUUUCCAGCAUUUUAUUUGUUUUUGAAACA